CAUGGCUUCCCCCACACCCAUUUUUCUCUGGCUUCCUCCAGCAAACUGCAGGGACUUUCAUUCAGUACCAUCUUUCACCCAGAGACCAACAGACAGACCCUGGGAUUGCAUUCCCUUGGAACAGCCAGGUAGGGAGAGAGAGGUCAGACUGACAGAAGUGAUAUACAAGAGGGUGUCAGGGCCUCUGGCCACGACUCAGGGACUGAGAGAUGCCCAUUCUAGCUCAGAGAUUAGAGACGCUGGAGAUAAUAACUCAGACACUGGAGACCAGAGAUCGUCCCUGGGGGUAGGGGGUGGCCGGUGGUGAUUAGACUCCUCCCCUCUUCUUCCCCCAUCCACCCACCCACUUUUCGCCCCCGCCCCAUGAUUUGGCACCGGCGCAUUCCAGCCUUUUCAAGGGCCCCUACAUACUCGGCCCUGGCCCUCCUCUCUUCCCUAACACCCAACCCCUGCACCCUUCCUCGGAUUGGACUCUGGCCUGUUGGAGGGCGGGACCUGGGGGCCCUUACGUCAUCGAGGGAGGAGGGAGGUGGAGCAGGGAGGGGGGAGGGUGGGGGUGGGGAGGGGGAGAACAGGGCGCAGGCAGGCUCAGCACCACGGAGAGCUCCCUCCCCGGCCCUUGUUUUGCUGCGGAGCUACUGUCACUUGAGGAGGGAGGGGGUGAGGGGCCGGGGGCUCUGAGUGUGGAAUCAGGGGAAUGGCCAAGGAGGGGAGGGGGGGUUGGGGCCGGCUGAGAGCCCAGUCCUGAGCCGGUAGGGCGGCCAGGGCGCAGGGUAAAGGUAGGGGCGGGGGGCCCGGGGAGCAGAAGGGCGGCGGGCAGCGGUGGCAGCACCACUUCUGGAUGGAAUCCAGCUGCGUCCAGUCCACCAUGGCUCUGGGGCUGUCCUCUAAGAAAGCAUCUUCUCGCAACGUGGCCGUGGAGCGGAGGAAUCUGAUCACCGUUUGCAGGUUCUCCGUGAAAACUCUGCUGGAAAAAUACACAGCCGAGCCGAUCGACGACUCCUCGGAGGAGUUUGUCAACUUUGCAGCCAUCUUGGAACAAAUCCUCAGUCACCGUUUCAAAGGCCCUGUCAGCUGGUUCAGCUCUGAUGGGCAGAGGGGCUUCUGGGACUAUAUCCGACUGGCCUGUAGCAAGGUGCCCAACAACUGUGUGAGCAGCAUUGAGAACAUGGAGAACAUCAGCACAGCCCGGGCCAAGGGCCGAGCUUGGAUACGGGUGGCGUUGAUGGAAAAGCGGAUGUCAGAGUAUAUCUCCACAGCCCUGCGGGAUACCCGGACCACCAGAAGGUUCUAUGAUGCUGGGGCCAUCAUGCUUCGGGAAGAGUCAGCAGUGCUUACGGGGAUGCUGAUUGGACUUAGUGCCAUUGAUUUCAGCUUCUGUCUUAAGGGAGAGGUGAUGGAUGGGAAGACUCCAGUUGUGAUUGACUACACCCCCUACUUGAAGUUUACCCAGAGCUAUGAUUACUUGACUGAUGAAGAAGAGAGACACAGCGUGGAGAGCAGCACCAGUGAGGAUAAUUCCCCAGAGCACCCCUAUAUGCCUCUGGUGACAGAUGAGGACAGCUGGUACAGCAAAUGGCACAAAAUGGAGCAGAAGUUCCGCAUUGUUUAUGCUCAGAAGGGCUACCUGGAGGAGCUUGUUCGACUUAGAGAAUCACAGUUAAAGGACCUGGAAGCAGAGAACAAGAGGCUUCAACUGCAGCUAGAGGAGGCAACGGUACAGAAUCAGCUUGAGAAGCGAGAGCUGGAGGGAGUCAUCCUGGAGCUGCAAGAGCAACUGACAGGCCUGAUCCCUUGUGAAAAUGCCCCCCUAGCCCAGGUCUCCAAGGAGCUCACCUCAUCACCACAGUGGCCAUCACUGGGGACACUCAAUGGGAAUGAGGCAGGGAAUGAUCCCAAGAUCUACCGGAGGGAAGGACCCAACACCCUCCAUGCUGGGCCUCUGUGGCUCCCUGGCUUCCAUUCCCAGCUGCAAGUCCCUGGCAAGCUUCAAAUCCAACGAGUGCCUCGUGAGUGAUAGUCCAGAGGGCAGCCCAGCCCUGAGCCCAAGCUGAGCCAGGAAUUGCCCCACUGGGCCAGACACAUGGCCCUUCCCCUCAGUUCUUGUGGAUAAUGAGGCCACCUUUCCCAACCUCCAUCAUCCAUUUCUCCUUCCCGCUGAAGAGCCACAGCUGACCUGGCAGCUUGGGAGGAAGGGGUAAGAUGAAGGAUUGGAUCCAAAAGCUACCUGGUCUAGGGAAGGCCUUGCAAAACCACUGGGAAUGUGAGAAGGGAGGAGGGGAAAGGCCCUGGAUCGAAUUCAUUCUUCUCUCUCAUCCUUACAUCAGGCUCUUAGGGAGAGGGAGAAGGAAAAGCUUGGACAGUCUCCUGGCAGUCUUCUCCCCCCUCUAAAAGCUGGGGAAGUUGGGUUAACAGCACCCACUCCUUACCACUCUUCUCUUGUUUGUCUCUACGGAAACCCCCUGGGUCAUCCGCUCCCUUCCCCAGCUCCCUGGGUGGCUCAGCGGAGGGGAAGACAAAAAAAAUAAAAGUUGCAGAAAUGA